CCCCUGACUCUGGGCGUGUGCUGGAGCGAUCUCUUAGUCAAGGGCACCCACCAAGCACGCCCCCCCUUCAUGUACGUGCCUGGGAGAGGCAUCGCAUUCGAUGUGAGUCUAUUGCAUUCGCUGUUCCGUCUGUCGUCUACACCUACCACCGCUAUAUUGCACGGAGUCAUCCGAGGGCACCAGCACAACGACGCCGCAG